AUAUAUGUGUGGACAGAAAUUUUAGCAACCACUAAUUUUAAUUACCUAAAUAAAAAUAAUUUAAUAAAAGAAAUAAUUAAUUUGAAAAAUUAAAAGAUUUAAAAUCUAACCGAAAAAUAAAUUGAAAUGCGCAAGUUUUAUUUUACUCUGAAUUAGUGAAUUCCAACUUGAAAAGUGGUCCUAUGUGUACAAGCAAGUUGGCUAAGUGUAUUGGCAGUGCGUUUGAGCUCGCCAUUAACCGCUUAAACCAGUUUCUGCUUUGCGUAAAUGCGCGAUGUAAAGUAGCCAGUGGUGCGUGAAGGUGCGAGUAAACAAAUCGUAAAAGCUGUUUUCGUUGCCAUUUUAGAAAAGUUGCAAAAUAAUAUUGCCAUAAAACAGAUAAAGUAAAAUAAAUAGAGAAAUCAAAUAAAAGUAUACAAAAAAGUACAUGAGAAACCAACAACCCACAACGGAAAUACACUUGAGUGAGAAAAAAGCAUAGUAAAAGCGAAUAAAACGCGAACAUAAAUAAACUCGUGCUGCCGACAUGCCUUUCGGUUGUAGUGCCAGUGCGCUGGCAUUGCGCUUUGCCUCACUGCUGCUGCCGACUUCGUUGGCCGUCGCCAAGGCAGCUUCGGGUGGCAAAACGGCUGCCAGCAAGGAUUGUCAUGGCAAGAUUUGUAGACCAGUUGAAGAGUACUGCUCGAACUUCCUCGAAGGCUGUGAUCAAUGUGAAUACAUCUGUAAUCCGGAAUCGCAAAAUUUCCAUGCAGACACCUGUGCAAGGGAAUGUGCCGAUUACAAAAUAUACGAUCCGCUCAAAGCCGAAAUACACAGCAUACACGAACAGCAAAAUACCAUACUGAUCCUGCUGAUCGUGCUGCUCACGCUCAUCGCUGCACGAUACAUGUACAAAUGUAUAUGCUGGCUGCGACGCAAACGUUUCUGUGCGCUGCUGCUAAAGAAGCUGCAUAAACACCAUGAAGCAGCCGGCGCUGGAGUGAACAGCAAAGACAUGGUCAUCGGUGCCACAAUACCGAAUGUGAUGGCCAUAAAUGGCGCUAUGGAGCGGGCGCCAUCGCAGAUCUACAGUGUGACAGGUGCCGAAGGUUCGGUUAUGACAUUGACUACACCAGUGAGUACGCGCUAUCCGGCGGAGAACAGCACUCCGUCAACAACUGUGACGGGUGAAUACUCAUAUGAUAAUCAGGCGCUCGCCGUGACGCCUGUUUCGGAGAAACCAAAUGGCAGUGUGCGUGCGUUUUGAUCCUAUCUAACAUACGUGGGAGUUGUGGUUGUUGUCGAAAUUGUAUUAAGGCAAAGUAAUUUAUAUUCAAUAUUCAAAACUUAGUGCAAACAUUUUUUGUUUAUGCUGAAACUUCUAGCGAUGCACAAAUUUGAUCUUCAUCGAUCGAACAGUGGUCUUCACAGUUUCGGUAUUGUAAUAGCAAUACUAAAUUUUUUUUUGCAUAUUUGAAGUAAUUAUUGAAAAAGUAUCUAUAUUUGAAAAUCGCAAUAGUGAACGGUAGUGAUGGCACCUUGCCGUAAACAGUAAUCGCACAAAUGCUCAGCGUGUAACUGAUCGUGAGCAUGAUGAUAAUGCGAAAACCCGUUGAAAAUCUAUGACUAUAAUAAUCGCUGAAAUUUCCCUAAAUAUAAUAGAAGCUGCGGUUCAGCUAAGCAAUUUCAUAGCAUAUAUUUAAAUAAUUAAAUUUUUCAAUAUUUUUUUCUAUUGCAAAUUCAGUGAGAAUCAUCGAUGACUCAUAUUUUGGCGUGUUGACGUUAAUCACAUACUCAUGUACUUAAAGUUAGUAAUUUAUUUAGUUUUAAAAGAAUGAAGGAAAAGGGAGAAGAUAUCAAUUGAACUAGCAACGUAAACAUCAUUGAGAAAGUAUUAAACAACUGACUUAGUACUUAAGUAGGAUUUUACAAAGUAAAUUAUCGAUGUAAAUCCCAAAAAGUACUGACUAAUAACGAUUUUUUGUAUUGGUUCGAGAUAUUGAUUUGAUUUAAUCAAGCACUGUAAAACAUCACGUCCAUUUUGUAAGUGAUAUUAAUUCUUUAAAAGUAGCGAGUAAGUUUUGCUUCCAUUUUAAAUACUAUGUACUUACGGAUAAGCAAUAUAUUAGAUAUAACAGAUAUUUUAAUAAAAUUAUACUCUUUGAUUAUGAGAAA